AUGAAUGGAAUAUUACUUUUUUUAUUCACAUUUAAUUCCCUUGCCUGCUCUUUAAAUGUGUCGACAUCAGGGCAAACAGAGGUGGUGGAACUCCGACGGGAAUUGAGGAUGAUGGAGCAAAGAUUGCAAGCGCUUGAAGCAAAGUGCAAUUCUUCCGCUCAACUACAGCAGCAAAGAAUCGGGUUUACAGCGUGUCUUUCAUCAUCAAGCGGAGUGAGUGUUGGUUUCCAUCAGACUAUCCCAUUUGAUAAUGUGAUCACAAACAAUGGUAAUGGUUUCGAUUCUCGGCAUGGCGCUUUUCGUGCCCCUGUCUCAGGACUUUACCACUUCUCUAUAACAAUCUACUCAACAAAGACAAAUCCAAUGCUCAUACAGAUGGUAAAAGAUGGAGUAGAACUUAUUCACACGUACGUUGGUGACAGUGACUAUCUGUCAUCAUCAAAGGAUGUCAUUGUCUGGUUAAAUGCUGGACAAGACGUGUGGUGUCGCAAUCGAAACAGACCAAAUGCUGUGAUAAUGGCUGAUAAUAAUAGUUGCUUUUCUGGCCAUUUAAUUUCUAUUUAG